CGGAGAUCGCCCAGGAGUGACUAGCCCGGGCGGAGAGUCAGCACCGCGGACAGCGACAUCUCCAGCAGCUGCAGCAGCACCGCCACCGCCAGUCGCCGCCUUUUCUCCUUCCUCCACCCAAAGGUGCACGCCAUGGCCGCGGAGACUUACCUACAAGGCGUGGAGAUCUCAGCAAGCCAGUUUUUCGAGAUCUGGCGUCAUUACGACGCUGAUGGCAAUGGGUACAUGGAUGGAAAGGAGCUGCAGUGUUUUAUCCAGGAAUUGCAGCAGGCGCGAAAGAAAGCAGGCUUGGACCUGACCCCAGAAAUGAAAAAAUUUGUGGACCAGUUUGCAAGUUCUGAUGGAAAGAUAGGAAUUGUAGAGCUUGCUCAGAUAUUACCAACAGAAGAAAACUUCCUCUUAUUCUUUAGGUGCCAGCAGCUGAAAUCAAGUGAAGACUUCAUGCAGACAUGGAGAAAAUAUGAUAGUGACCACAGUGGCUAUAUUGAUGCUGAAGAACUUAAGAGUUUUUUGAAAGACCUAUUGCAGAAAGCAAACAAGCAGAUUGAGGAUACAAAGCUGUCAGAAUAUACAGACAUCAUGCUCAAGAUGUUUGAUGAAAACAAUGAUGGGAAACUGGAACUGACUGAAAUGGCCAGAUUACUUCCAGUACAGGAAAACUUUCUCCUUAAAUUUCAGGGUGUCAAAAUGUGUGGGAAGGAAUUUAAUAAAGCCUUUGAUACAUUUGAUUCAGAUGGGAACGGCUACAUAGAUGAACAAGAAUUAGAUGCUUUGCUGAAAGAUCUCUGUGAAAAGAACAAAACGGAAUUAGACAUUAACCACAUUGCAACAUACAAGAAAAACAUCAUGGCCUUGUCCGACGGAGGAAAGCUUUACCGAACAGAACUUGCUCUCAUUCUCUCUGCUGACGGGAAUUAGAGCCCUCUGAUUACUUCCACUUAACUAGUGAUAUAUUAUAUCUUUAAAAAACCGACAACACCAACCCAACAACAAUAACUGUGCACUAUAAGAGGGUAGGCUUUACUUUCUUUUAUAUCUUGUAAAUUUAACACUGCAUAUAGAUAAUUAGCCAGGAUGUGUGGCGCAUUCUUUUCAGCUUGUUUCUAUACUGUUUGUAAUGUACAGUUUUUUGUAACUACAAGGUUGAUAAAGAGGAUGUCUAUGUUUGGGCCAGUCCGAUUCGUUUCAAGUAAUAAUAAUAAUGACUCUUAAGAUGGAGAAGAGUGGGAGAUUUCAACACUCAGAUUUCACGGAGACUGUUUUUGGCUUGUUAUGUACUUUGACAUUUGGGGCUGCAGCAGCAAUAAUGAUCUCCAUUCAUGAAAUGGUUCUUCUCACUAUGGUGGAGAGAAACUCUGGGGUGGGGAAACUAAAAGUUGUCGGAUUGCAACUCCCACCAGCCCCAGCCAGUGUGACUAGGCAUGAUGGGAGUUGUAGUUCGAAAACAUCUAGAGGACUACAGCUGCCCCACCUGUGGCUUGUACUCCUAUCCACCUCUCCAGAGCUGCCCUGCUGCCUGUCUGCUCAAGUCAGUGGACCAUAGGGAAAACCACUCUUCAAGACGUGGAAGGGCUACUUAUUAUAAGCUGUCCUGGAGUGGCAAUCAUGCCCACUUCAGACUUGUCCCGUGGCACACUUGCUGAAAAGGUUGGCCCUGACUUUGGAGUUACUGGAAGCGUUAAAGAAAUGAUCAAGAAAGCAAGUCUGUUCAUUGCAAACGAUGCUAGACGCAGUGUUUCAACUGGGGGAGGGUGGGAGGUCUGAGGCUCCUGGCAAACAAGCAUGGAUAUUAGAGAAUGUAGCAGCACUGUAGUUAAUUGCGUUAAUUCCCAACGAGUUAUCAGUCUUACAGCUUUGCAUUUUCCCCUGACUUCGGAUCCCAAGGCCACAGGUACCUUGGGACACUGAGGAAUUUAACUCCAUGAGAAGCCUUUAAGCUACCUUGGUAGCCUAACAGGUACAAUGAUGUCUUACUGUAUAAACUGCAAGCUUGGUAAGAAAAGUGUACAACAAAGGAUAGGCAGGCAGAAAAGGUACCACAAGCCGGCCUCUUUAUAACUUUUAACGUUUAAUGAUUGCUGCUGUGUCAGAGAAUAUAACAAUCCAUUUUCUAAAAACUAUUUCCACUUGCAGAAUAUUAUAAUUCUAGCAAACUGCUGUUUUUACAUCAUUCUGUGUAAUCUAUAAUUAAAUUUAAUAUACUAAGACUGCUGGUGUCUAGUCUGUCUACUUCCUAUGUUCUGUUACUUUGGCAGGUGAUAAAGAAAUAACUUGCACUUUUGUACAGCUAGGAUCCACAACACGGUUAAACUUGCAUUUUGCUCAGGUUAAUCUCAGUCGCCACAAUCUAGCCCAAACUCUUGUUUCCAUGAGAGAGAUAAUCAGGGAUAGUCCUUUCAUUUCGACAAUGCAUGGCACCAUUCCACUGAAAUUCAUAGGACUGACUAAAUUAUGAAAAUCCUAUGCAUCUUUAUGAGCACAGCUAAUUUUGUUCAUGAGCUGAGCAUCCCAUUCAGUUAUCAGCACUGGAACUUAAACCACCUUUCAUUUUUUUUCUGGAUUAUGUCCAUUGGCUGCAAAAGGAGAUACAAUGGCUGAUAUCCAAGUAUUAUCACCCUGAACGGUUUGAAAAAGUACAUCCUGUAAGAUUUCUGGACUACGUUAACAACUGUAAGAGCAUUUAAAAUUGCAUUACUUCUAGAACUCCCAUGUAUGCAAUGCGUUCAGUUCUUUGGUUUAAAACGUGCGCCCAAUUUUAGAAAGUUAAAAAGGUGGUGGCUGUACAUCCCAGUUAAAUCUAUGUAAUUUCUCCAGAAAUCUAGAAAUGAGAGGGAUAUGAAAUCAUGCAUAUUUGUGUUAAUUAAAUGGAGUUCUCGCUGCUUAGGAACAGGUCUGGGCUAAAUUUACUCCAUUUAAAAUGCUUACAAAAAGAUUUAUAUAAAAAUAUAUAUAUACUUGAAGGGUGCUGAUUUUAUCCUUUCACCACCGGAUAGCUCAGUUGAUUAGAGCGUGGUGCUGAUAACACCAAGGUUGCAGGUUUGAUCCCUGAAUGGGACAGCUGCAUAUUCCAGCAUUGCUGGGGGGUUGGACUAGAUGAUCCUCAGGGUCCCUUCCGACUCUACGAUUCUUUGAAAGCUAGAAGUCAUUUCGCAAAGAUACAAAAUGGCCUCCAAUGAGCAAGUGCCUUGUUUCAUUUCUGAAAAUAUGUACUAAAUUAGGAGUGUCUCUAGGUGGAAAAAAAAGGCUUAACGCAUUAAGAGGCUUAGUUAAGUUCGGUGGCCUAUUUUGACAAUUCCGCUACAAGCGGAGUGAGUAAUUCUUCACCUUCUCACUCACCUCUAACUUCUCUAUGCAAUGUAAAAUAUGACUGUAUUCUGAAAGAGAUACAAUGAUUUGAAUAUCUGCCUAGAGGCAUGAUUAUGAAUGGCAAUAUGAUUAAAUUUAGAUUGACAAUUAAA